AUGCCUGCUGUGUCUCAGAUUUCCAGCGGCAUCUUCAAUGGCCUGAUGCGCAAAAAUGCUACCUGGUUGACGACUAUCUUUCUUGGCGCCUUCACAUUCGAACUAGCGUUCGAGGGUGUAACGAACUCUAUGUGGGACAACUGGAACAAGGGUCGGCAAUGGAAAGACAUCAAGCACAGAUACAUGCAGCAAGCUGAAGAAGAGGAAGAGGAGUAG